AUGGCCUGGUUUUGGGCAGUGACCUCUGUGUUGCUAUUUCUCUGGUUUCUUCAUCAGAAGCUCCGGGGAUGGAAGACCAAGAAAAAACUGGCGCCGGGCCCAGUUGGAUUACCGAUCUUGGGCCACCUGCACCUGUUGGGCAAAAAUCUCCACCGAGAUCUACACCAUCUGUCCCUAAAACACGGGCCCAUCAUGUCCCUCCGCCUGGGCCUCGUCCCCGCCGUCGUCGUCUCCUCCCCCGCCGGCGCCGAGCUCAUCCUCAAAGCCCACGACCUCGUCUUCGCCGGCAGGCCCAACCACCAGGCCGCCAGGCACCUGAGCUACGGCCGGAAAAACAUCCUCUUCGCGCCGUACGGCCCCUACUGGCGCAACAUGCGCAGGCUGGCCGCCCUCCAUCUGCUCAGCAGCCAGAGGAUCGACGAGUUUCGGGAUGUGAGGCGGUCCGAGCUGGGAAAUCUGGUGGGCUCCCUCCGGCGGACCGCCGGAAGGCGGGAGCCCGUGGAUCUGAGCGCGAGGGUGUCGGGCCUGAGCGGGGACUUGACGUGCCUGAUGGUUUUCGGGAGGAAAUACGAGGACGGCGAUCUCGACGAGAAAGGGUUCAAGGCCGUGAUUGAGGAGACCCUGCAGGUGGCGGCGCUGCCGAACCUCGGGGACUUUUUCCCGUUCAUGGGGGCUGUCGAUCUGCAGGGGCUAACCCGGCGGAUGAAGGAAUUGAGUAGGGUUUUUGAUGGGUUUUUGGAGAGGAUUAUUGACGAUCAUGUUGCGAGUAAGGGAGAAGGGAAAGAGGCUGGGGAUUUUGUGGACACGAUGAUGGCUAUCUUGGAGUCGGGCGAGGCUGAGUUCGAGUUCGACCGCUGUCAUGUCAAGGCUGUGCUGUUGGACAUGCUUGUUGGAGGAACAGACACUUCAGCCGCCACAAUCGAGUGGAUUCUCUCGGAGCUCAUUAGGCACCCAGAGUGUAUGAAGCAACUCCAGAGAGAAAUAGAGCACGUAGUAAGCAUGGACCAUCAAGUAGAGGAAUCCCACCUCGACAGGCUCGAAUAUUUGAACUCGGUCGUGAAGGAAACUCUCAGGCUCCACCCGGUGGUCCCAUUGUUGAUCCACGAGCCCACAGAAGAUUGCAUGCUAAACGACUAUCACGUCCCCAAAGGAUCGAGAACCAUAGUGAAUUUGUGGUCCAUCGGAAGGGACAAUAACGUGUGGCAUGACCCUGAAAGGUUCAUACCCGAGAGGUUUAUUGAGAAGAGAGUGGAUCUCAAAGGGAAAGAUUUCGAGCUUAUACCGUUUGGUUCGGGAAGAAGAGGGUGCCCCGGGUUGCAGUUAGGGUUAACGGUGGUUCGUUUGGUGGUGGCCCAGUUGGUGCAUUGCUUCGAUUGGGAACUUCCCGGUUGUGUGUCGGGUGUGGAUUUGGAUAUGACUGAGCACUUUGGGAUGGUGACCGAUCGAGAAAAGCAUCUCGUGGCCAUUCCCACGUGGCGACUGAAUGUUGAGUUGGAGUUUGUUCGGUUUGUUGUAUAUUAUUAA